AUCAGAGCCAAUUCACAUAUUUGUAUUAAAAAUUUAUUUUUCCUUAGUCAUGAUAAUUAAGAAUAAUUGGUGUGAAUAAUCUCUAUCACCCAGUGUUUCUUUCAGAAAAACAUUUUGAUUGAUUUCUGUGUUUUUUCUACGUCUGUGAACAAUUUCUAUUUAUAUUUUUAUUAAUAUUAGAAAGCAUUCACCAUCAACAAAUAAAUAUUAUCCGUGUCUUGAAUUAUUCAAGAAACAACUAAUAUCAAUAGAGUAAUUAAUUAAAUGUGACAUUUCAAUUAUAAUGUUGAAAAAUUAUUCAAAGAUGUAAUAAUACUUCUGCGAAAUGAUUGCAAAAGGUUGUCCAAAAUGUGACCAGCAGGUACCAGUAGCAUGUAAAGCUUGCCCUUGUGGUCAUUCGUUUUUUAAUGCGAGAAGAACAGCUAGGGUGUUAUCCCCAGGAGCAGAUAUGAGGAGAAGAACGCAGAGAGUAAGAAGAGAAAAACCUAACUAUUACGAUGCUUUAGAGUUCGAUAAACGUGUCAGAAGGACUAAACAGCGUUCUAGCGAAUGUGAGGAUGAUGAUAGCAAUAAGAAGGAAGGAAAAAGAAAAAAGAAAGUUAAAAAAGAAGAGGAAGACGAUGAUGACUUAGUCAAUAAUUUACCACCAGAAAAGCAAAAACAGUGUGCCAUUAUUCUUGAAGAAUUGAAUAGAAAACUACAAAUGGUUACAUGGAAACCUAUGUAGAAUUUUGGAAAGAAUAGUUAAAACAACUUAUAUGAAUAUGUUGAUAUUGUUUAAUUUUCCACUGGGAAAUUGAUUAUUUGUUGAAGAAUUAUGUUUUUAUAGGAAAUCAUUAGCACUAAUUGAUUUUUUUUAGAGGUAUAAGCAGAUGUAAGAAGACUAUACUUAAAAAGAUUUAUUUGUCAAUAUAAAUACGGUUUGAAUAAACUCCGUUAGUUAUUAA